AUGUUCAUUCUUGUGCUAUCCGGUGCAACACUUCUCAUUCGACACGGUGAAACUGACUGGAACCGAAGUGGUCGGGCCCAGGGUCAGAGCAACGAACCACGCCUGACGAGCACUGGGCACGAGCAGGCGGCACAGACGGCCAAGUGGGUUACCGCGAGUGCUGCGGAGAGAAUUCACACCCUGGCGGUGUCAACGCUCAGUCGAGCACAGGAAACUGCCAAGUACUUCGACACGUUUGCAGCGAAACGGAGGAACUGGGUACGUUGGGACACCGAACUGCUCUGGGAGGUUUCCGUGCCCUGGCAGGGUCAACAGCGGGGCGACAUUGACGACAAAUACGCUGAAGCGUAUCGUAUUCAUCGCAAGGAGCCCGAGAACUGUCCACAUUUUGCGGAGCUCUAUGCAAGGGCCCAAAAGUUCUGGGAAACUCGAGACUCGGCAAGCGUAUCCGCAGUGUCGCCCGCAAACCACUGGGUCGUGAUCGCGCAUCAACAGAGUAUUCGCGCUUUGUUGAACACUGCUAUUGGCCAGCCACGUUCGUACCAUCGCAUAUGGAAGAUCUCGAACGCAGGUUGCACGCUCUUAGAUCAGCAGAGGCGUGUACACCUCGUGAACGGACCCGCGAGAAGCGCACACGUUCCCGAUGAUCGCGACCUGGAACUCUAUUGCGAGUCGGUGCAGACACUGCACGUGGAGCGUGGUGAGAGAGGUCAGCUCCAGGUGUAUGGUCCAGUAGCCGCGUUGCAGGAGUAUCUCGCGAAAAAUGUCCCAGGAAUACAAGCGCAAAGGUUUGUAUGGUACCCAGGCGGUCGGAGCUGUUUCCGGAUUUCCGCAGGAACGCAAUCUCAAGCUUCUGGUGCGGUCUGGUAUCAUAACAUUGAACCAGUCGAUGUGGAUUGGUCACUUGCUCAGUAUCUGGAGGAAUGCGAGCGAAUGGCUGCCGCUCAGGUUUAG